GCUGGGGAAGAAGGGAUUGGUGUUAUAUUUUAGUCAGCACUGGCCAGUCUUGCCACACAUUCUUCUAAUAGCGAUCAGUGUUUGCAUAUUCCCGGCAGCUUCUUCCUCCAUCAAGCAGUACCAGAGAGACAGCUACUUAAGUACGAUAAUAUGGCCAAAACAAUCUGGCAACGCUGCUGGAGACACCGGCAGUCUGGCACAGACGGCCAAGGAAGGAAGGGAAGUACGGCAGCCGAGCAAGUGAACUAGACCACAGUUUACCGAGCGAAGACGCGGAAAGUGUAAAGGGACAACAUGAGAGAAGUGAUCACUGGCAGACCCUUUGGCAAGACGAAGGCCGAGACUCUAAAACCAGUGAAACGUGGGGAUGUGCUGCUCACAUCACAGCCUUUCGUGUAUUUGGUCAGCGGCUCCCUCAAGUCUCUCUACUGUGACUUCUGUAUGGCCAAGAAGAGUGGCAAAGGCCUGCAGCGGUGCUCAGGAUGUCGUCAGGAGCAUUACUGCGGGAGGGAGUGUCAGGCAGCAGCAUGGAAGAUGCAUCGCUUGGAAUGCCUGCGCCUCAAGAGAGUGUCACCCAAAGUGGUUCCUGACACAGCACGCCUCAUGGCUAAGAUUAUCUUAAAACUGCAGAAUGCAGGAGACAAUAUGGCAGAGGAAAUAUCCCCCAACUAUUCUCGUAAAUUCAAGGACUUAAUGAACCAUUACUCUGACAUUAAGAAGGACAGCAAGAGACAUGAACAUUUUGAGUCUCUGGUGCAAGUGUUGCAGUCCUAUUUGGUUGGAGUGGCCUUGCCGAAUGAGGCAGAGCUACAAGGAAUAUUUGGCAGGAUUUGUGUGAACAGCUUCAGCAUCACUGACCUAGACCAAAAUUCUGUUGGUACAGGGGUGUACCUGGCAGCCUCCAUAUUUGACCAUUCAUGUGAACCCAAUGCAUACGUGACAUUUGAUGGCAAAAAAUUGAUCUGCCGUGCUCUAGUGGAUUUCCCAACCCUUGACUGGACCAAGCUUCGCAUCAGCUAUAUAGACAUCCUGAACUCAAGAGAGGAGCGUCGAGCUGACCUGCUCCACCGCUACUACUUCCUGUGUGACUGUGUAAGAUGCAGCCGCCCAGAGUGGCCAGAAGAACAAGUGGGACCUGUGCAAUGCAGUAACCCAAACUGCUCAGAAACCAUUUUCAUCUCUCCUGAGGCUUUAGAACACCAGGAGUUUGAAGAGGAUUCUAAUAGUAAGAACAUUAUUGUCAAAGAUGACAUCAAAGGAGAAAUGGAAAACACCUUGCAGACUGCCAAUUUAGAUAGUACUGGGAAAAUGCUUCCCUUUGCUGAAGACUGCUGCAGGAAUAUUUAUGAAGAAAGAAAAUUUAACACAAACCACAAGGAUUUACAAGAGGAAGGAAAGAGCAUGGCAAUUACAUGUCCCAAGUGUGGAGCAUCAAACCCAAUGACACCUGAGCGAAUCUCUAUGUACCACAGUGUUGCCAGUUUCUGUAAAGAGCAAUUGGAACUCUGCAAAGAUCACUACUACCUAGAUCUGUGUGAGAAAGGGCUGGAAAGGGCAACAGGUGUGUUGCAUGACUUGAACCUCCUCCUGGUGAAGCUCCAAGAUGCUGCAUUUGAAGCCUCCAUCUCUCUUGGGCAUUGGGAAAAGGCUUCAUGUUAUGGAAUAUCCAAUAUUGAAGGUCUGAGACAUUAUUAUGGGAAAAACCAUCCCAGCCUCGGCAUGGUUCUCCUCAAGUUAGGCAAAAUCCUUGUGUAUAUUCAUCGUUGCUCUGAGGCAGUUGGUUACCUUUCUGAAGCAGAGAAGAUUCUGAGGGCAAGCCAUGGCACAUCACAUCCCCUCUACACACAGCAGUUGUUGCCACUUUGUGCCCAAGCAAGAGAAGAAAUGCAAGAAGAGGUAAUGAGGUUGGCUGGAGGAAGGAAGAUGAAAAGUAUCUCUGGUGGCCCGUUGUUUAGGACAAUGUGCGGAUGACUGCAACCAUCAACUCCGUCAUUGCUUCACCGUGUCUGCAUCUGCAACAGCCAUAAAUAAAUACAUAUUACAUGAUAAA